AUGCCACCUCCAAACUCGGCUUCUCACGGAACUCCUGCCUUAUCGCCCACUGCCUCGGAUCAAUCGCGAUCGUCAUUUGCCUCCCCAGGCUCUGCGGAGAACGAUAACGCUCAUGACGAGAAUGUGAACUUUCUCCGCUCUCGCUCCCUUCUCUACAAUCCCCUAUUACCCUCACUCAGCCGACACCGCCGUCGGCGCUAUCAACCAAAUCCCCAGCCCAUGGAUGACGAAGAUCCGUGGGAUCGCAUGGAUAUUGACGAACCUGACCUUCGCCUAUCCGUGGAAAUCAACCGUCGCAUCCCUAUCGUUCGUCGCCAGCGCGACCAUCCCCACUCUCACAAUAUGCCCAACUACGAAAGUCGCCGAACAAAUCCACGGUCUUUGUACGGCUGGGCCCCCGGCUCCGAUGAUGAAGAUGAAGACCCCCGUCGCCUUGAAGAGUCGGAAGACGACCAGCUACAACUCCAACCGUUCCCCCACGGCUACUCAAUCCACAAUGUAUCGUCAACUCGAGCACGCGAAUCCUUGCCCACCGGUCGCACGCCGCCGAUAUCAAAUGGAGAUGAACCGUCAGAAGGAAGCAGUCGAUCUCGGGAUUCGCCCAUCCCGACUAUGGAAGCCCUGUUGCAGUCGAUGAGGCCACAUCCCAGGUUACCGCGGAAUAGAACCCUAGAGAGUUAUCUGCUGGAUCGGUAUACUCGUUCAAGUGAUAAUGCGGAAGAAACCGAGCGAACAGGUGCUUCGUCCUCGUCAAGGGCAUACCGAUACCGUCCUUCCAGCCGGGGCGACUCCCAGCGCGUUCUCACCCACAGCGACUUGCGCGCUCGAGCUGCUGCACAUCGCCAGCUUCACUCAACAAGUUCUGCAGACUCGAUGUUGAAAAAUACUAUCAACUAUCUCGAUCGUCUCCGCUACUCAAACUCCUUCGAAGAAAGUAUCAGCUCGGCCGCCGCAACCGGAUUCAUCUCAUUAGACAACUUCUCAUGGAAGGACAAUGACUUUAUUCUUGAGACUAGUAGCAUCGCACCGCCAGCGACCUGCUCCUGGCUUCGACCCGGAGCCAUCUUCUCGGGUUGUCAACGGGCGGCGAAUGCCACCUGCCCUGUGCUGUCUCAGCGAGUUUCAAGCCCACACGGCCCUAGUGAACCGGUGAUUGUCAACAGCAGCGAUAGCAGCGCACGUAUCAGUGUACAUACCACCUCCGGACGACGAUACCUGGCUAAUACACGAGACGAGAAUUGGCCCGUAAAAGUCACCAUUCACAACAUCAACUACGAGGACAUGACUCUGUCGGGUACGAUGGAGGCCUAUAACAUUCCCGACAAGACAUCACCCACGCAUGAUGCGCACAUCGUGACAUUCCUGGAAGGUGAAAUCAUCGAUUUCAACAAGCACACUUUGGAGACAAAGAACUUCAAAGCGGACGCCGAUAUCGACAGCACGUACUGGCGAGAAUUGCAGCCGUUCAAAGACCUCACAGAUACCGAGAUCUCCAAGAACCUCGUCAGUAGGAAAUGGAUCACCGAGGAAUUGGCGAAGGGGUGGAUCCUGAUGCGUUGGAAGGAACGGUGCUUCAUCACUCCCACCGAUUCGCGUCAGGGUCUCACAAUAUCCGGGUUCUACUAUAUUUCUCUCAGUCGUGAUGACGGUCAGGUUGAGGGUCUCUACUACGAUCCUGGCAGCUCGCCCUAUCAGCAACUGUCAUUAAAACCGGAAACUGUGAAGAUGGUUCGUCCGUCCUACACUUUCCGGUAG